AUGGCUUGGACACGCAAGACCAGUCAUGACCGAUCGUUCGCAGAGCCAGAGCAGCGAGAGCUCCUCCAGUACCGCCAACACGGCAUCCGACGCUUCGAGAUCCUCAAAAGCACGCCCGUGGGAUUGGUUUUCCCGCAGAACUUCCAGCUAGAACUGAGGGAUGUCGAUGCCGGCGUCUCACUGACCGGUCAUUCAUCAUAUUUACCUUCCGGAACCGCUCCAACCUAUGUCACCAGUGAUAUGAAGUGGUACAAGGUCAAACUCAUGUUACCACCGUCAUUCGAGUUAUUUCCGAGUCAUCCACAAUCAAAAGUAAAGGCGAAAGCAAAGUCAAGUUCAACGCCCUUCGCCAGCGAGAUCACAGGACUAACGCCAUCACCAUCACAUGACUCAUACUAUCAUGACGAUCCAGUAUCGAAAGAAUGGCCACUGGCAAAAAUCAAAUUUCCCGGCUGGCAAGGCGUCACGUCAAUGACGAUCAAAAUGACCAUUCAUGAGACGUCGAAAUGGAUGGUCUACGACCACGCGCUGCAUGCACCAGCAGACAUUCGAUCCAAAUGGACCAUCCUCCGCGUCGACUUCGCGAGGGAGUACAUCAUGGGCCGAGUCGGAUCUUCCACCACGGGAGUCUAUCGAUGGCGUGGCAGCAAGAAGAUUCUCGACAUCCCCGAGAUGAACGAUGGGUUUCCAAAAUGCAACGGCAACUUGAAACUGGAGGAUCCUGACGCACGACUCGUGGCCGUCUACAAGCAAAGAAGAGAUCUGAAUGUUUUGGGCGGGCUCACAAUAUUCACGGAAAAUCUCAAGGAAGGCGUUCCGAUCGAAGCGGUCGUGAGCUCCUGUCUAGCCAUUGUGAUGUACGAGCGUGUUGGUUGGCAGAAUAUGUUCGGGGACUGA